AUGGAAGAGGAGAAAUAUUUGCCUGAGCUGAUGGCAGAGAAAGAUAGCCUGGAUCCAUCUUUUGUGCAUGCAUCGCGCCUUUUGGCGGAAGAAAUUGAAAAAUUUCAAGGUUCUGAUGGAAAAAAGGAAGAUGAAGAAAAGAAAUAUCUUGAUGUCAUCAGCAACAAAAACAUAAAGCUCUCAGAAAGAGUAUUGAUUCCUGUCAAGCAAUAUCCAAAGUUCAAUUUUGUGGGGAAAUUGCUGGGACCAAGAGGAAACUCCUUGAAGAGACUACAGGAAGAAACAGGUGCUAAAAUGUCUAUCCUGGGCAAAGGAUCAAUGAGAGAUAAAGCAAAGGAAGAAGAAUUAAGGAAGAGUGGGGAAGCCAAAUAUGCCCACUUGAGUGAUGAACUUCAUGUAUUAAUUGAAGUGUUUGCUCCACCUGGGGAAGCUUAUUCACGAAUGAGUCAUGCAUUGGAAGAGAUUAAAAAAUUCCUGGUUCCUGACUACAAUGAUGAGAUUCGUCAGGAACAGCUACGUGAAUUAUCUUACUUAAAUGGCUCAGAGGACUCUGGUCGUGGCAGAGGCAUUAGAGGCAGAGGGAUCAGAAUAGCUCCCACAACCCCUUCAAGGGGCCGUGGGGGUGCCAUUCCUCCCCCCCCACCACCUGGACGAGGUGUACUCACCCCUCGAGGGACUACUGUGACUCGUGGAGCUCUUCCAGUGCCCCCGGUAGCAAGAGGUGUCCCAACCCCACGAGCCCGGGGGGCACCGACAGUGCCAGGAUAUAGGGCACCCCCUCCUCUAGCCCAUGAAGCUUAUGAAGAAUAUGGGUAUGAUGAUGGCUACGGGGGUGAAUAUGAUGACCAGACCUAUGAGACUUACGAUAACAGCUAUGCCACCCAAACGCAAAGUGUCCCUGAAUACUAUGACUACGGUCAUGGAGUAAGUGAGGAUGCCUAUGACAGCUACGCACCAGAAGAAUGGGCCACAACCCGCUCCAGCCUGAAGGCACCACCACCAAGGUCAGCCAGAGGGGGAUACAGGGAGCACCCCUAUGGUAGAUAUUGA